UCUCUCUCGGGCCUUUUGUUUAGAAAACUUUAAUCCCGUCCUAAGGAUCGGCAGUGCUCUUCGACCGAUAGCUAGAAUCGAGGAGAACAAAAAAUGUGGCUAGAAUGUCCGGCGCGUCAGAGAUCAAGCUACCUGUGCUUUACACGAGAAGCAGCAGCAGCAGCAGCAGUAGCAACGGUAGUAGCAGAGGCGGCAACAACAACAACAACAACAACAACAAUAACAACAAUAUCAACGGUGCAAGAGCCAAGAGCAAGUCGUGCGCCAAAAAGCUGACCGGAUCGAAAUCCAGCGUCCAAUCGGUAGACGGCGGAUGUACGGCGAAUGGAUCUUUGGAGACCAACGCGGUGGAAUCAUCUUUUCCAAGAUCUCGAAACGCCUUUGGUUCCCCCAGAAAGAUCGCGAAUCAGAAUCUGGAUUGUACGACGAUCAAGAAGUCACCUAGAAGGUGUCCACAGUCGGACGAUCGACAGUGUUCGCAGAUCGGUACGAAUCGUUCGCCGAGAAGACGAGAAUCACCUCUCGCCGAGGACUUUGAUCGAGACGAGAUGGGUUUGACGUUUGACUUUUAUCCGAGAAACGCGGAAAAGAACGAGCCUUGUUUGUCGUUCCUCGAAUUCGAAUCUCUCUACACUAUGGAGAAGCAAAUGUUGAUGCAACCUCGUCAAACUUUUCCUCGUUUGGAAGGGAAAGACGACUUUCUUGGUAGCAGGAGAGGCUUAUACACGGAAUUACCGGAUACGGAUCCGUUGAUCCGACAACGAUUGCAUCACCGACAACAAAUUGGUGCGAUCGGCCCGGCCAAAAAGCUCUCCCAAUUUCCCGCGGAAGGCUUCAGUUUCGCGCCAGGCUGGGCCCUGAAUGCCGACCAUUUUUAUCAGUGGCAGCAUCGAGGAAAAACGACUCAGCAGAUCUACACCGACUGGGCGAAUUAUUAUCUCGAGCGAGGCGGUUCGAAGAGACGCGUCUCCGAUCUCCAAGCCGAUCUCUGCGACGGAGUGCUGCUUGCGGAUUUGGUGGAAGCUGUCACUAAUCAAAAGGUGAUCGACGUCAACCGGAAGCCCAAGAGCGUUCAACAAAUGGUCGAGAACGUGAACUUGUGCGUGGGAGCGCUCCGAGCGCUCGGGGCGGACGUGGGGGCUGUGAAUCCUGGAGAACUAGCGGCAGGAUCAACCCUCUGGCCGGUCCUCGCCCUGCUCUUCGCCCUCUCGCGCUACAAGCAGAGAGCGAAACAACUUCAAGACAUGCCCAGAUUACCAUCGCCGUACAACAAGCAAUCGGGUGUCGGCGGUGGUGCCGGGGUUGGGCCAGGGGGUGCCACGAGCAUACCUUUACCCGCGACGGUGGCCGCAACGAGACGAUGUCCUCCGGACAAAGUCAGACCUGCCCCGGCUCCCACGCAUCAGUCUCCUCUUGGAGGUCUGAAGCAAGGGAACGGCGGUGUGGGGAGCGCGAGCAGUUCGAGGAGUACCAGCCCGAGUCAACAACAAACACCGCAGACCGGUCUGUCCUUCAUUCCGCAACCGAGGAGUCAGAACGCGAAUCGGCAAGGCACUGGCGGUACCCCAAGUCCUAGAACGUCGGCCGUGGGCAGACCGAGUGGCAUUAGGACGACGGCGGCGGCGGCGGCGGCGGCGGCGGCGGCGGCAGCGGCGGCGGCGGCGGCGACGACGACGACGCAGGCUUGCCCGUAUUCCGGUAGUGGAAGUACCACGGCGCAAAACAAAAACUCGGUUCUCGACAAGUUCAAGCUCUUCAACAACAAAGAUAAAAAUCAGGAAAGGGGAAAGGCCACGUCGGGCGUAUCGAAGCGUACGUCGAGUUCGUCCGGUUUUUCCUCGGCACGCUCGGAACACUCGGACAGUUCUACGUCGCUCUGCGAUCAGGGCAGGAUCCAAGUAGAACCGCCGAAGAGCCGAGCGUUAAAGUCCAAGUUGCAAUCGAGCAAGCAGACGGCGAAGCAAGCCAGUCCGAAGACCGUCAGGAAGGAACAGAACAAGACUCAGAGCAGCAAGAUCGCCCGUACGAAAGGAUCGAUACCGGAGAAACUGACGGGUUAUACAAAUUUGCCGUUGGACGAUGUCAAAAAGGAGGCCGGAAGGAUCGCGAACGUCUGCGCCAAACUACCGGCGGACAAGAAGUCCUCGAACUUGCAAGAUCUAUUGAAAAAUCAUACGUCUACGCAAUCGCAGAAAGGAAAUAAUACGACGGCGACGACGCCGGCGAAACAUAUCAGUCAACAGGAGAGCAAAAAUAUAUCGAAUUCGAGCAGAAACGAGCUUGCGACGAAACAAACGACGCCUCGGCCGAAGAUGGACCUUCCGGGAAAGAUAACGGAUCCGAAAGUUCACUUGCAGCCGCUCAAGGUACCUCCGAACGGAGUCAACAAGGACGUGCUCCUACAAAAGAGUUUGCUGUCCAACGCGAACGGGAUCAUAUCGCGAACGGAGCAGGAAGACGCGAACGUUCCGAACGCGCGAAACAAUCCUAGCCCGUUCGAUCGGCAUACGCAGUGCAUGAACCAAGCGAAUAUGCCGUACGAAAGGGUCGUCGAAAAGGACGUUAACGUCGACGUAGGCGAGUCGAACGCCGUACCGAAUCGAAAGCAGGACUCUUCGAUCUCGGACAAGUCAACCGGUACUUCCCCGUGGAAAGCGCAAAACGCGACUCGCGAAGAAGAGAGAAUACCUACGGACUCCCCGGAGGAGGAAGAGGAGGAGGAGGAGGAGGAGGAGGACGAGGAGGAGGACGAGGAGGACGAGACGGAGGCUUCGGUGCCACCUACGAAUCAAGUACAAAGCGGGAACGUCCAUAUGUUUCCAGGAAAACAGAUCCUAGGUGGCCCGUUUCAGGGGCCUACGCUCUCCGUAACCGGUCCUGGUUCUAACAUACCGAAACCCACGGCUUUGGUAAAGGGUACCUCGAAACCGCCUAAAGAAAACAACGGGCCGAGCGUGCCUACCCCGACCAAACCGAAGAGCGACAUUUUGCAUCGAGCCAAGCUCGAUCCGAACACGGUCGCGAUGGUCUCACCGAUGCCAAGUAUCUCCGAUCUCAUGUCCGAGAGCUCUCACAGCAAUUCCAAUAGCACGGGCCAAAGCAAUUCGAGCGACAGCAGCGUCAUUUACCGACCGAGCAGCGAGAGCGGUAGCGAGAUCAAGACGAUACCUAAUCGGAAGAUAGACACGACCUUCGAACAAAUGGAAAAGGUUUUAUCGGAAGGUUCAACGUGCGGCAGCAGCAGCGGCGUCGGCGGCGGUGGCGGCGGCAGCGGCGGGGGAGGUUCGUUGGCCGACGACGAGGCCGAGAUGACCGUGAAGCCGAUGCAGCCUCUUCUUCGCGGUUACACGCCCGGUGCCAGAGCCCUGCAAACCCUUCCGAGUAGAACGACGGCGCGACAAUACACGAUUCUUCAUUCCUCCUCUCAUCAUCACGUCUCUCACGAUUACGCGGACAUUGACAUAGCUUCGGGUUAUCUCAGCGACGGCGAAGUUCUCCGAGGUGGUGGUAUGAGCGUCGGCAGUAGGACUCUGUCCGAUCUUUGCGACGGUUACAUGUCGGAGGGAGGCGCUUCCUUGUACGCGCGUAGGAUCAAUCCCGCUUACGGUCACGAUCGCGAGAGGUACGUUGGUGGCUCGCGACGAGAAUUGUCCGGGGUGAAGGAACUGGUGAGCUCGCGAAGGGUGCAGAAGAGGCCGUCGGCGAACGCGGUGAGGUCGGAUGGAGCCGGAGGAGGCUGCAUCGUCGCCGGUACCGUCGGUGGAGGUAGCCUCGUCGGAGGAGCAGGAGCUCUGUUAGGCGCUUGCAGCGGUGGGACCGACGCAUUGGCCGAACUCACCAUCGAGGAGCUGGCCUCGAUUCCGGCCGGAAAUCACACCUCCGCCAAUCACACGGGUCAUUCCACUCAUCACAAGAAGGUGCCGGGCGGCGGUGGCGUGAUCGUGGGGGGUGGCGGUAAUUCGGCCACCCCCCAAGGCGCGCAACAGAGUAAUAACCUGGUCUAUCGUGUGGUGAGCUCGAGGCAUCCCGGCAGUGGUCACCAUCCUCACACGAAAAAAUCCGAUAGCUCCCAGCAGACCGAAAGUUCGGCGUUUAAGCAUCAGCAACAACAACAGGGAUCCAACGGUUCGUCCAACAGCAGCUCCAACAGUCAGCAAUGGAGAAAGUACAUAGAGGCUGGCGCAGCGAGAGACCGAGAGAGAGACAAGGAGGGCGCACCGCCGAGCCCUAGUCCCUCCAGAAGAUCCCAGGAUAAACAUCGAAAACAGACCAUGGCCGAAUAUGCGAAUGGCGAGAAAGCACAGAAAGUUUCCUCGGGAACGUCGACUGGUAAUAGCAGCAGCGGCGGCGGCGGCGGCGGCGGCAGCAGCAACAAAGUCAGAGGAGUGCCUCAGAGUUUCGGAUACGUGAAACGACACAGUGCCGGUACCAGUCCUAGUCCGAACGGUGUUCAAAAUGGUAGCAAAGACGCGGCGACGAGAACGGCUCAAGUCAGUGCGGUUCCAAGGACUAAGGUUAAAGUGUCCGGUGGAACUCAGACGUGCACCACGGAGCUACAGGCAAAUUCGUCGAGUUCCAAUCAAGGUCAUCACUACAAAAGUUACAGUCUCACCGGACCGAGCGCCAGUCAAUUGUCUCAAUCCGUUCGAGAUCGUUUGAUGCUCGGUUCGCAGAGCCUACCGAAGCCAGGAAGUCCCGAAUUCACGGCUCUCUUUGCCGCGGCUCAUCACCGUGAAAGAGGAACUGGCGCAGGACCGGUCAGCGCCUCUUUCUCGCCUCGCGUCCUUAAACCUUCCGAUGGAAGCCUCAGCGAUACCUGUAGCAAUUACGCCGCUCCCGAUCUUCCAGGUUACUACACCCCUAACAGUCCCUACGCCACAUCCUGGAUGAGGCACAGCAAUACUUAUACUCCCAGUGGACGUUCGCAAGGUAUGGGAUUGUGCGAAGCCGACAGCGUAGAAUCUCUAGGAUCGCAUAGAGCGAGCUUAACGCAUGCUCGUCUGCUGAUGCAUCAAAGGGACUCUACGGGAUCCCCAGCUCCGCCGAGACUCAAUAGGAGUAAUUCGAUUAGCCAUCUACGGGACAGGACAUUUCCAAGAUCCACUAAAAGCGAGAAAAUGUAUCCAUCGAUGCUAGCACGAGGGAGCGGUACGUCGUCGUCCGUCGGCGAGGAAGCCGGUAUCGGAAUUGGUAUUGGCGUGGGCGUAGAACCAUACUACAGUGUCCCAGUUGGCUCGGCGGGAUGCACCGGCCAACAUUGGUCUCAACCGACUUCGCCGACACCGACGCAUACGUCCCGACAACCACCUAAUUUGUAUCAACACGUACACAAAGACGACGAUAUACACGGCUCCUCCGUAUCCCUAGUAUCGACAGCAAGCAGUCUCUACAGUUCGGCGGAAGAAAAACAGGCACACGAAUUGAGAAAGCUACGAAGAGAGCUGCUGGACGCCCAAGAGAAGGUUCACUCACUGACCAGUCAACUAUCGACCAACGCACACGUCGUGUCCGCCUUCGAACAAUCCCUGUCGAACAUGACGCAACGAUUGCAGCAACUCACGGCAACGGCCGAAAAAAAGGAUUCCGAAUUACAAGAGUUACGGGAAACGAUCGAGAGGCUUCGAAAGCAAAGCGCGGAGGCUGGAUUGAACAACGGGCCGGGAGGAUCGGGCAACAACAACGGACGUCGACAUACUCUUGGCGAUUCGGAUUCCGGCAAUACAGGAUGCACGGGCGGCGGUAACGGUGGACAUCAUCAGGGUGCAUCGAUGGCGAGACAGCUGUCGGCGGACAGCGUCACUUCGCUCAACUCCUUGAGCAGCGCUUGUUCCGCGAGCAGUAGCCAUCAGAAGAAAAAGGGUUGGUUGCGUAGUUCCUUUUCGAAAGCAUUCUCCAGGUCGCGAAAGAACAGGCACGGUUCCGUCUCCGACGCCGAGGAUUGCAAGGACGGUGCCAGCGGAGAAUUGAGCGUUCCGAAUAGCCCGAGAUUACCGACGGCCUCGAAACACGAAAGCGCGAGGAAUCAAAGCGCCGGUAGGAGCAACGGACAAAAAUCGCCGGAACCUGAAAAUCCUCUCACCGGUAGCAAGAGCAGCUCGGCUCUUUAUAAGAAGGAAGACGAGGACGUGGACGAAUUGAAGAAACAACUCAGGGAAAAGGAUCUCGUUCUCACGGAUAUCAGGUUGGAGGCACUCUCCUCGGCCCAUCAAUUGGAAUCGUUGAAGGACACGGUCAUCAAGAUGAGAAACGAAAUGCUCAAUCUGAAGCAAAACAACGAACGCCUGCAGCGGCUGGUCACUUCGAAAUCUCUUACGUCCUCGCAGUCGUCUCUCCCGAGCGAUCCCGACAGGCGUUUCAGUAUGACCGAAGUGGCCUCGAGCGUUGCUGCCCUUUCUAACGGCGACAGCAGUUCGACUGCCGAUCAAUUGGAAGAUCUCAACGUGCCCGAGCACUCCGUCGUACCGUCUUCGGCGACUUCGGCUACGAGCGGCGAGCCGGCGUUAGACCACGACACGGACGGAAAGAGAAUCAACGUUGCCGUCUAUCUCGGGAGCGAGAAAAAUUUCAAUUACAAUCUAAUAUCGGGUAACAACUCGGACAGUGGCGUCAUCGGCGAGCCUCCGCACUGCGUUAUCGCGAACGUUUGCAUCAGUAACAAAACCAGCUGGGAUGCUUUGGACUCGAUCGUACGACGAUGCUUCAAGGAAUACGUGUCGAGGGUCGAUCCCGUCACGAAUUUGGGUCUCGGCGUUGACUGUGUCGCCGCUUACCAUCUCGGCGAAGCUUCGAGGUGUACGACGGACUCUCAGCACCCGGAAUUACUACCGUGCGGUUAUCUGAUAGGACACGUGAAGACUAUUUAUCUGGUGCUCUCGGGUUACUCCUGGCUCGCGAUCGACACUCUGAUACCACGCUCCAUCGUUCAACGACUGAUAUCUUUGUUAACGGAACAUCGCAGAGUCAUCCUUUGCGGACCUAGCGGCACCGGGAAAAGUUACUUGGCAGGAAAAUUGGCCCACGCUCUCGUGGAUGCCGAUACAGACUCGAAAGACGCGGCCGCCGUGGCCACCUUCAUAGUCGAUCACAAGUCGAGCAAAGAACUCAAGCAAUAUCUCGCUCAUAUCGCCGAAAGAUGCGACUCUAAUGCGGCCGACGAAUUGCCGAGAGUGAUAAUAUUGGAGAAUCUUCAGCAUGCCGCCUCUCUCGGUGAACUUUUCAGUGGUCUUCUCGGUACCAGACACUCCUCCUGCCCUGCGAUCAUUGGAACCAUGAGUCAGGCUACCUGCAGCACCACGAAUCUUCAAUUACAUCAUAACUUCAGGUGGGUACUAUGCGCCAAUCACAUGGAGCCGGUUAAAGGAUUUUUGGGCCGUUACCUCAGGCGAAAGCUACUAGAACACGAAUUACGUGAAUCAGGUGGCACGAGAAACGCAGAAAUGGCCGCUGUCGUAGAAUGGUUGCCACGCGUCUGGCUGCAUCUCAACAAGUUCCUAGAAACGCACAGCAGUUCCGACGUAACGAUAGGCCCUCGACUUUUUCUCUCUUGCCCGAUGGAAGUGGCAGGUUCUCAAGUUUGGUUCACGGAUUUGUGGAACUAUUCCGUAAUACCGUAUCUGGUUGAGGCUGUCAGGGAAGGCCUAACGUUGUAUGGAAGACGCGCGAGCGGAAGCGGAAAUGGCGAAUCCACAUGGGAAGAUCCUGCACAAUUCAUUACCUCCAGUUAUCCGUGGAUCUCGACGCACGCCGUACACGAUGGUAGCGACGCUCUUCUUCGCUUAAGGCCCGAGGACGUUGGUUACGACGUCGUUACCUCGGGACAUACCUCGGGCGUAGGUGCGUCCAGCGUAAAGAGCCUCGGCAGUACACACAGCGACACCGAAGGAGAUCCUCUUUUGAACAUGCUGAUGAGACUUCAGGAAGCCGCCAAUUAUUCGAGUCCCCAUAGCAACGACAGCGAUUCCGUCACUUCCCUCGAUUCGUCUCACACUCGACAUUCGGAGGAUCUCAGUUCCUCGACGUCAUCCUCGAGGGGCGUAGAAUCCGCGCUCUGAAAUAAAAAAUACGACUCGAGAAUAUCGUCUAGAAGGGAGAACGUUUAGGAAACAAUCGGGAUCGUAACAAGAUCAUGAUUACGAAAUUACGAGAUAAUCGUAGGUCAAGCGAUCGAGUAUAGAACGAGAACCCGGAAGGUGAGCGACGGGCGAUCGAUAGAUAAAUGAGCGAUGAGCGAGCUACGCGAUCGAACGAGUUUUUCUACGAAAAAAGUGUCGCAUAAACGUAUCCUGGUGCGGCAUACAUUUCCAACGUGAAAAUUAAUAACGUUAAUGUAUGUAUAAUCAUACCAAUAUUAUUAUAUAUUCUCGGCCAUCCAACAAUUGUGUAUGAUACGACUAUCGUGCAGGGAGUUUCCUUUUCUUUUUUUUUCCUCUUUCUUUUUUCAAUUUCUCUUUCUUUCCUUUGUAUCUUCUUUCAUCCUUCCAAGUAACUAAAUUUAAAUCGCAUGCAAAGUAAUGUCUCAUAUACAUUUAAAAACACCUUUAUUACCUGUGGUUGGCCUAUAUCCAAGUUCUACGUGCAUCGAGCACUUUGGUGUGAUAUUUAAUUAAAUAAGUAAACGACGACUGUAAGGGAUAAUUCCGCGUUUUUUCCGAGGAAUAGAGGUGACGCGGAGAUAAAUCGUACGUCUCCAUGCAAUAAUCAAUGCUGCCGUUACCGAAAUACGAAUUUGUUUCGAAUGAAUGCAUUUCUACGAUCGAAUUGUUAUACGAGAGUCAUGCAAAUACAGCCUAUAAAGAAAAAAAGUGAUAUACUCAAAAGUUUUGCUGGUAUACAGUAUUAUCAUAGAACGUAGAAAUAUGGACUAAGCGAAGAUGUAGGAAUGGCAAAGCCGCUAUUCCACUCGUCCGAUAUUUUCAGGUAAUCUAUAAUCUAUGUUUUCUUAGACGGAUCUCAUGGACGGAUGGUUCGAUGCAGCAUAUAUGUAUUUGUUUCGCACUCGAGAACGCGAAGCAAUUCGAGAUAAUCGUGCGCGCGAGGAUAGUCUAUUUAUACAUACUUUGCUACGAAAGCUCUAUUUAAUUAUAAAAGAACAAAAAUGUUAUUAUAUAUAAUAUACACACGUACGUCUCGGAUAUACGCAUACGUACACGUACCACACACACGUAAUACGCAUGCGCCUGACAUAUACAUAUACACGAACAUACGCGAAUGACGGCGCUAAAUAUGUAUUAUGAACAAAAACUGAAUAAUUAUUCGAUAAGAUAUGUGAGUAAUUCUGGUCAUGUAAUGUUGUAAAUAAAGUAUAUAAGGGUUAUUGUGCGAAGACGUCGAGGAGGAAGGAGCUAAUGUGGAAACUUGACUCAAAGUUUGGUAUCGUAAGCUUUUACGAGAGGUCUUGUGGUAACAGAAAGGAAAGUAGUCGAAUGCUGCGACAUUACGCUGACUUGUAGCUUGUUUCGCUCCCACAAGUUUCUCUUUACUGCAAAUCCCGACGAGUACCACGAGCUACAUUCGCUAUACAUAUUGUACAUGUUAUCGAACUGAGAGUAUUCUCAGAUCCCAAUCUGUGACACGAACUUUAAAGUAUGUUAACGAUUAUGCAAUCGUAUUAACGGGUUUUUUACGUUUGUACCGUAUUUAUACGCUGUACGGCGCUACAUUCAAAAUUUAUCCAAAUAAUGGUAAUUAUUGUGACAUAAAAUAAACCACAUUAAACUCUAA